UCUGUCAAAUUCUGUCAAUUGGUGAAUAAAUUUUGUGGAUGUAUGAUUUUUUCAACAAAUAUAUUCUGAUUAUUCACAUUCUAUUAGUGCAUAAUGUUUAAUUCUUGAUUUUGCUAUGAAAAUAUAAAUUCUUGAAUAAUUGGAGAUAAAUUAUAGUGGUCCGAUUAUGGCUACUUCAAAAACAACAAAUACAUACAAUCGACAAAACUGGGAAGACUCUGAUUUCCCAAUAUUAUGUCAAACAUGCUUGGGAGACAAUCCCUACAUACGAAUGACUAAAGAAAAAUAUGGGAAAGAAUGUAAAAUUUGCGCGAGACCUUUUACAGUAUUUAGGUGGUGCCCAGGAGCUAGAAUGCGUUUCAAAAAAACCGAAGUAUGUCAGACGUGUAGCAAGUUGAAGAAUGUAUGUCAGACUUGUCUCUUAGAUUUAGAGUAUGGUUUGCCUAUUCAGGUUAGAGACGCUGCUUUGAAGAUAAAUGAUAACCUACCCAAGAGUGAUGUGAAUAAGGAAUAUUAUAUUCAAAAUAUGGAGAAGCAGCUAAAUAGAUCAGAUUCUGGUGCAUUAGCUAAUAACAGCAAACUAAACGAACCCAAUGAUCUACUGAUGCGAUUAGCAAGGACCGCUCCCUAUUACAAGAGAAAUAGACCCCAUGUUUGUUCCUUUUGGGUUAAAGGUGAAUGUAGACGUGGUGAAGAAUGUCCUUAUAGACAUGAGAAGCCAACCGAUCCAGAUGAUCCAUUAGCAGAUCAAAAUAUCAAAGACCGUUAUUAUGGAACUAAUGACCCAGUUGCUGAUAAGUUAUUGAAGAGAGCUGCUGCUAUGCCUGCAUUACCGCCACCAGAUGAUAAAACAAUUACAACCUUAUAUAUUGGGAAUCUUGGAAAUCUUACAGAACAGGACAUAAGGGAUCACUUUUAUCAGUAUGGUGAAAUUCGUACAGUGAGCAUUGUACCAAAACAACAAUGUGCAUUUGUACAAUAUACCACUCGUCAAGCAGCGGAGACGGCGGCAGAAAAGACCUUCAACAAAUUGAUACUGGGUGGAAGGCGUCUCACAAUUAAAUGGGGCAGAUCUCAGGGAAGAAUCGGACCUCUGAUGGGAAUACAAAAUAUGGAAGUAUACGAACCAGUUCCUGGUCUACCGGGAGCUUUGCCUGAACUGAGUAAUAACUUUUUCAAUCUGGAACCAGGACAUAUCCCACUACCAAAUAUUCCUCCACCUCCUUCUCUAAUGAUGCCUCAGCUGUUUGGGCCCCCUCCAUUGCCCCAGUUCUUCUUCAAUCCGCCACAAUUACCUCCGUUUGUUCCCAAUCCAACUGUUGCUGGAGGUAGUGCAAGUUCGGCGACGAAAGAAGCGAGCAUCGCUGUAAAACCAACCGUUCAUUAUCCUAGCCAGGAUCCUAGCAGAUUAGGGGCUACACAGGUGACUACUGAAAGGCAGGAGUAAUUCUUGCUUUUUUUAUACUUAGGAUCAAUUUUUUUCAGAUAAUUGUAAUUUUUGUCAAUUGUUUUGAUUUAGAAAAAUGAUGAAAUGUUUGACAUUAAAAAUGUUGGAGCGAAUUAAACGGUUUUUAUGUGAAA